GGUGGCCGGGGGCGCCCCCCGCCGGUCCGCCCCUCGCCGCGCCCACUCAGCCGGGGAGCCGCCCUCCCUGCGGACGAUAACACCCGAGGGUCACGGCCACCGGCAGAGCAUCUGUGCGCCAUGGCUGCGUCCCCUGGAGGGACCCCGGCCCCUGCAGUUGAGCCGCUGUCACCCCAGCCGGCAGCGCACACCCCGGAGCCUGGCUCGGACAGCAGAGCUGGUCGCCUCUCAUUCUGUAAGAAGGUGUGCUAUGGCAUUGGUGGGGUCCCCAACCAGGUGGCCUCCAGCGCCACAGCCUUUUACCUGCAGCUCUUCUUGCUUGAUGUGGCACAGAUCCCUGCUGCCCAGGUGUCACUUGUCCUGUUUGGAGGGAAGGUGUCUGGGGCAGCUGCUGACCCUGUGGCUGGGUUCUUCAUCAACAGAAGCAGGAGGACAGGGUCUGGACGACUCAUGCCCUGGGUGCUGGGCUGCACGCCCUUCAUCGCCUUGGCCUACUUCUUCCUGUGGUUCCUGCCCCCCUUCACCAGCCUGCGAGGCAUUUGGUACAUGACCUUCUACUGCCUGUUCCAGGCCCUGGCCACGUUCUUCCAGGUGCCCUACACGGCGCUCACCAUGCUCCUGACCCCCAGCCCGAGGGAGCGGGACUCGGCCACCGCGUACCGGAUGACCAUGGAGAUGGCGGGGACGCUGAUGGGAGCUGCGGUCCACGGACUCGUCGUGUCGGGCGCCCACGCGCGGAACAGUUGCGAAGACGCCGCGCUCCUGGGGCCGGUGGCGAUCUCCCCCGACGCGACUCGUCUCUACUCCAUUGCAGCCGCUGUAGUUGCUGUGACUUACCCUGUGUGCAGUGGCGUGCUCCACCUGGGGGUGAAGGAGCAACCAGAACCCUCUGCCCCAGCCUCCAGCCAGAGCCUGGGCUUCCUGGCUGGGUUGGGCCUCACUGUCCGGCAUCCACCCUAUCUGAGGCUGGUGAUCUCCUUCCUGUUCAUCUCAGCAGCCGUUCAGGUGGAGCAGAGCUACCUGGUCUUGUUUUGUACACACGCUUCCCGGCUACACGACCACGUCCAGAGCCUGGUGCUAACCGUCCUGGUCUCUGCUGUACUGAGCACCCCGCUGUGGGAGUGGUUUCUGCAGCGAUUUGGGAAGAGGAUGUCAGCUGUUGGGAUUUGUGUGAUGGUGCCUUUUGCAAUCCUGUUGGCUGCUGUGCCCACAGCCCCUGUGGCAUAUGUCGUGUCCUUUGUAUCUGGCGUGAGCAUUGCUGUGUCCUUGCUGCUACCUUGGUCCAUGCUUCCAGAUGUGGUGGAUGACUUCCAGCUGCAGCACCAGCACGGCCCAGGCUUGGAGACCAUCUUCUACUCAUCCUACGUCUUCUUCACCAAGUUAUCAGGCGCAAGCGCCCUGGGCAUCUCCACCCUCAGUCUGGGGUUUGCAGGGUAUGAAGCAGGAGCCUGCAAGCAGGCAGAGCAGGUGGUGGUGACCCUCAAAGUCCUCAUCAGUGCCGUGCCCACCUGCAUGAUCCUCACUGGUCUUUGCAUCCUCCUGAUUGGCCCUGCUCCCAAGCCAGGACACCUCCCGCCAAGCCAGGACACCUCCCGCCGGCUGAGCCUUCGGAGGAGGACCAGCUACAGCCUAGCUUGAAGUUUGAGCCUUCUGUGAGUUGGAGCCUUCUUGUGAGUCUUCUGGUCUCCAAGUCCCACUUCCUUCUCAGCUGUUUAACACUCCCACUUCGCAGCUUACACAUGACCUUCCCCCGGGGAUGUGGAGUCUUCAGUGGCCUCUCCAGAAGGGACUGGCCUUGGCUCCCCAUCAUUUCUUGCCUGUUGACCACAGAGCAUCUGAGAGAGGUCUGUGGCCGGCUACCAGCUCCAGGCAAACUUUGACCUGGAAAGCAUCCCAAGAGCAGCUAUUCCUGGAAAGAGCCCUAGCCGGCCUGGCAUGCGGAUUCCCCCGGCAGUACCAACAACCUGCUGACCUGACAGAACAGACAUACAGACCUCUUGUUCCUCCUGACGCUCCAGUGGACAUCUGAGAGACAGGCUGACAGACACCUCAUGAACGGGCAGAGGGGGGACAGGUGGACACGCUGGCGACGUCCAGUUAGGAGAGACAGACAGAUGCAGUGAGGCCAGCAGACCCCAGAGGGAGUGAAUGGGGACACCAGUGGGGUUGAGAAGACUGAGCAGGGCAUGAGCGGUGUUUCUCAAGCUUUUCCCUUUGUUCAGAUAGGUUGGCGACACUCUGCUUCUAGAAGUGGACACAAGCCACUGAAGAGCAAUAAUUUUUAUGAACAAUACUUAUUUGUGUGGAACUAUUUUUCUGAAAGUUUAUCUUGUAAAAGCACAGGAACCAGUUUUCUAGAGGUCAUGCCUUUGGGGAAGAAAGAUCCACUGGGAUUUAUUUUUUCAAAAACAAAUUAAAAGGGUUU